AUGUGUGACAUCACAGAGUCUCCUGUGUGUGUCCAGAUCCAUAACGACCCGUCCUGCCGCUCCCUGGUCUACAGCUGCCGUCGCUCCCUCAGUGUCUUCAUGAACCGAGACGGAGAGAUCCGACUGCACAGGGACCAUGUGACCUACAGGGGGCAGCCGCUGAGGCUCCCUCAUCAACUCCAUGGCCUCAUGUUGAGGCAGGUGUCGGACUACAUCCUGGUCCAGGACCAGGGUCUGACUUUGGCCUGGAACGGUCUCAGGGGCUCGGUCUACAUCACCCUCAGCCCGGACCUCGUGGGUCGUACCUGUGGUCUCUGCGGGAACUUCAAUGCAGACACACAAGACGACCUGCGGACCAGCUACGGUAGGGGGGGGGGGGGGGCGACCUGCGGACCAGCUACGGUAGGGGGGGGGGGGGGGGGGGGCGACCUGCAGCCCAGCUACGGUAGGGGGGGGGGGGGGCGACCUGCGGACCAGCUACGCUACGGUAGAGGAGAGGGGGGGGGGGCGACCUGCAGACUAGCUACGGUAGAGGAGUGGGGGGGGGGCGACCUGCAGACCAGCUACGGUAGAAGAGUGGGGGGGGGGGCGACCUGCAGACCAGCUACGGUAGAGGAGUGGGGGGGGGCGACCUGCAGACUAGCUACGGUAGAGGAGUGGGGGGGGGGCGACCUGCAGACUAGCUACGCUACGGUAGAGGAGUGGGGGGGGGCGACCUGCAGACCAGCUACGGUAGAGGAGUGGGGGGGGGCGACCUGCAGACUAGCUACGGUAGAGGAGUGGGGGGGGGCGACCUGCAGACUAGCUACGGUAGAGGAGUGGGGGGGGGGCGACCUGCAGACCAGCUACGGUAGAGGAGUGGGGGGGGGCGACCUGCAGACCAGCUACGGUAGAGGAGUGGGGGGGGGCGACCUGCAGACCAGCUACGGUAGGGGAGGGGGGGGGCGACCUGCAGACCAGCUACGACCAGCUACGGUAGAAGAGUGGGGGGGGGGCGACCUGCAGACCAGCUACGGUAGAGGAGUGGGGGGGGGCGACCUGCAGACUAGCUACGGUAGAGGAGUGGGGGGGGGCGACCUGCAGACUAGCUACGGUAGAGGAGAGGGGGGGGGGGCGACCUGCAGACUAGCUACGGUAGAAGAGUGGGGGGGGGGCGACCUGCAGACCAGCUACGGUAGAGGAGUGGGGGGGGGCGACCUGCAGACCAGCUACGGUAGAGGAGUGGGGGGGGGCGACCUGCAGACUAGCUACGGUAGAGGAGUGGGGGGGGGCGACCUGCAGACUAGCUACGGUAGAGGAGUGGGGGGGGGGGCGACCUGCAGACCAGCUACGGUAGAGGAGUGGGGGGGGGCGACCUGCAGACCAGCUACGGUAGGGGAGGGGGGGGGCGACCUGCAGACCAGCUACGGAGUCCUCACACACGACAUAGAGAUGUUUGGGAACAGCUGGCAGGAGGCGGAACCUAACCAACCCACCUGUCCCACCGUCCAAUCAGGACUCAGCUCCCCCUGCAGCGGGCUCCCUGACCCGGUCCUACAGAGAGUCCAUGACGUCUGCUUCCUUCUCCUCGAGCCUCCGUUCUCCAGUUGUCAUGAGUUUGUGAGUCCUCUGUCCUACAUGGCCUCCUGCACCAACGACCUGUGUCUUGAGUAUGCCAGAGCCUGUGCCCACGCAGACCACCCUCUGAGCGGCUGGAGACACAGCUUCCCUCUCUGCGGUAACGUUCAUUUUAACGACCACAUGGUAAUACUCAUCCUCAUGGUGCUGAGCCACAUGGUACUGAGCCACGUGGUCAGGGCUGUGAGCCACAUGGUCAGGGCUGUGAGCCACAUGGUGCUGAGCCACAUGGUCAGGGCUGUGAGCCACAUGGUGCUGAGCCACAUGGUCAGAGCUGUGAGUCAUAUGGUGCUGAGCCACAUGGUCAGGGCUGUGAGCCUCAUGGUGCUGAGCCACAUGGUGCUGAGCCACAUGGCACUGCGAGUCCUGCUGGUGACCUGUGACCCUGGGCUGCAGUGGAGUGAGUGCAUCAGUUGUUGUCCUCAGAGCUGCUCUCAGGAGAAGAGCUGCCUCCAGAGCCGACUGGCCUGUGUGGACGGGUGCUACUGUCCCCAAGUCCCUGUCUCCUCUGGUAGCGGUGCUCAGUCCCUGUGUCCUCUGGUAGCGGUGCUCAGUCCCUGUGUCCUCUGGUACCUGUGCUCAGUCCCUGUGUCCUCUGGUAGCGGUGCUCAGUCCCUGUGUCCUCUGGUACCUGUGCUCAGUCCCUGUGUCCUCCGGUCCCUAGGCCUGGUGCUGCAGUCUGGGUCCUGUGUGUCUCCGUCAGAAUGUCCCUGUGAGCAUCAGGGACAGAUGUUUCCCUCUGGACACUCGCUGGAGGACAGCUGCAACACCUGUACCUGUGUGAGCGGAGUCUGGAACUGCACUGAAGACACCUGUCCUGCUGAGUGCUCUGUGACUGGGGACAUGUUCUUCCACUCCUUCGACGGCAGAGACUUCUCCUUCGCUGCGACCUGUCACUACGUUCUGUCCAAGAGCCUGAGCUCCAGCCGCUUCACCGUCACCAUCCAGAACGCCCCCUGUGGCCACCACUUUACAUGA